GAGGCGGGGAGGGCGCGAGCUGAGGCACAGCUUGGCUCUGCACUGCCGUGUGACUAGAAAUUGUAAUCGCGGAGAAAGCCAGAGAGACAGACAGAGCCUGGCCGACAGAGACCAAGACAGACGGACAGACAGAGAAUCUGACCAAGACGGACUCCCUGACCUGCAGAGGGUGAUGGGGUUGGGCGCAGACACGACCCCCACGACUGAAGCCCUGGAAAACUGGGAAAGCAGAGCCCCCGUCGGCUGGAGGCAUGUGGAGGGGGCGGCCUGGGGCGCUGGGAGAGGCCCAGCGGAAGUGGAGCCACUGGGCCCCCCGGCGCCCGCGUGGAGCAUGAACGUUGAGGAUGGCGUGCGCCCACGGCUCCCCGUGCCCCCCACCGCUGCCCGGUAGGAUGUCCUGGCCCCACGGGGCCCUGCUCUUCCUCUGGCUCUUCUCCCCACCCCUGGGGGCCGGCGGGGGCGGCGUGGCCUUGACGUCUGCUGCCGGAGGGGGCUCCCCGCCAGCCACCUCCUGCCCCGCGGCCUGCUCCUGCAGCAACCAGGCCAGCCGGGUGAUCUGCACGCGGAGAGAGCUGGCCGAGGUCCCAGCCAGCAUCCCUGUCAACACGCGGUACCUGAACCUGCAGGAGAACGGCAUCCAGGUGAUCCGGACGGACACAUUCAAGCACCUGCGGCACCUGGAGAUCCUGCAGCUGAGCAAGAACCUGGUGCGCAAGAUCGAGGUGGGCGCCUUCAAUGGGCUGCCCAGCCUCAACACGCUGGAGCUGUUUGACAACCGGCUGACCACCGUGCCCACGCAGGCCUUCGAGUACCUGUCCAAGCUGCGCGAGCUCUGGCUGCGCAACAACCCCAUCGAGAGCAUCCCCUCCUACGCCUUCAACCGCGUGCCCUCGCUGCGGCGCCUCGACCUGGGUGAGCUCAAGCGGCUGGAGUACAUCUCGGAGGCGGCCUUCGAGGGCCUGGUCAACCUGCGCUACCUCAACCUGGGCAUGUGCAACCUCAAGGACAUCCCCAACCUGACAGCCCUGGUGCGCCUGGAGGAGCUGGAGUUGUCAGGCAACCGUCUGGACCUGAUCCGGCCCGGCUCCUUCCAGGGCCUCACCAGCCUGCGGAAGCUGUGGCUGAUGCACGCCCAAGUGGCCACCAUCGAGCGCAACGCCUUCGAUGACCUCAAGUCGCUGGAGGAGCUCAACCUGUCCCACAACAACCUGAUGUCGCUGCCCCACGACCUCUUCACACCCCUGCACCGCCUGGAGCGUGUCCACCUCAACCAUAACCCCUGGCACUGCAACUGCGACGUGCUCUGGCUGAGCUGGUGGCUCAAAGAGACGGUGCCCAGCAACACGACGUGCUGCGCCCGCUGCCAUGCGCCCGCCGGCCUCAAGGGUCGCUACAUCGGCGAGCUGGACCAGUCACACUUCACGUGCUAUGCGCCCGUCAUUGUGGAGCCGCCCACGGACCUCAACGUCACCGAGGGCAUGGCCGCUGAGCUCAAGUGCCGCACUGGCACCUCCAUGACCUCCGUCAACUGGCUGACGCCCAACGGCACCCUCAUGACCCACGGCUCCUACCGCGUGCGCAUCUCCGUCCUGCACGACGGCACGCUCAACUUCACCAAUGUCACCGUGCAGGACACGGGCCAGUACACAUGCAUGGUGACGAACUCAGCCGGCAACACCACUGCCUCGGCCACACUCAACGUCUCUGCCGUGGACCCCGUGGCGGCUGGCGGCGCCGGGGGAGGCGGGGGCGGCCCAGGGGGCGGCGGGGGCGGCGGAGGGGGCAGUGGCGGCUACACCUACUUCACCACGGUGACAGUGGAAACCCUGGAGACGCAGCCCGGAGAGGAGGCCCUGCAGCCGCGGGGGACGGAAAAGGAGCCGCCGGGGCCCACGACGGACGGUGCCUGGGGCGGGGGCCGGCCCGGGGAUGCGGCGGGCCCAGCCUCGUCGUCCACCACGGCACCCGCCCCGCGCUCCUCGCGGCCCACCGAGAAGGCGUUCACGGUGCCCAUCACGGACGUGACGGAGAACGCCCUCAAGGACCUGGACGACGUCAUGAAGACCACCAAGAUCAUCAUCGGCUGCUUCGUGGCCAUCACGUUCAUGGCCGCCGUCAUGCUGGUGGCCUUCUACAAGCUGCGCAAGCAGCACCAGCUCCAUAAGCACCACGGGCCCACGCGCACCGUGGAGAUCAUCAACGUGGAGGACGAGCUGCCCGCAGCCUCCGCCGUGUCCGUGGCCGCCGCCGCCGCGGCCGUGGCCGGCGGGGGCGGCGUCGGCGGGGACAGCCACCUGGCCCUGCCCGCCCUGGAGCGCGACCACCUCAACCACCACCACUACGUGGCGGCCGCCUUCAAGGCGCACUACAGCGGCAACCCCAGCGGCGGGGGCAAGGGCCCGCCCGGCCUCAACUCCAUCCACGAACCUCUGCUCUUCAAGAGCGGCUCCAAGGAGAACGUGCAAGAGACGCAGAUCUGAGGCCCGGCCGCGCGCACGCGCAGGGCAGCCCGGGACGGGGCUCGGGGCCGGUGCGCGCGGCUCCGCGGGGCGGCUCGCGGCCGGGACGGGGCGGCUGGGGCGUGGCGCUCCCCGCUGGUCCCGGGCCGGCCCUCCGCCUCCGCGGGGAGGAGCUCCGAGGGGGGUCCCGCCCCCUCACUCCCGUCAGCCCACCCUUUACGUUCCUUUUUUGCAGUUUGACGCCUGACCCCUCCCAACCCUCCACCCUGGAAACUGAAAAGACAGACGCGUGGUGACAGCCUCCGGCCCAGGGGCCCCCCCCCACUCGGGGCCGAGCCCACCCCGCCGCCCCCUGGCUGGGGUGGGGCAGCCUCCACCCGGCUCCCCCUCCCCGGGCGCCCAGCCCCCACCUGCCCCACAGACUCUUUUGAUACUGAAGGGAGGUUUGCGUCAACGACUACCUGCUCUGUAAUUACUUUAAAAAAAAAACACGGAAAAAGUAAAAAAAUAUUUU